GCCACCGCCCCUCACGACGACGACGAGCGCUUUAUGCGGCUGGCGCUGGAGCAGGCACGGCUGGCCUUUGAUGACGGCGAGGUGCCGGUGGGCGCGGUGCUGGUGUCCGGCGGGGGCCAGGUGCUGGCAGCGGCCCGCAAUGCGGCCGAGGGCGCCGCCGACCCCACCGCGCACGCCGAGCUGCUGUGCAUCCGGCAGGCCGCCACGGCGGCAGGCGGCUGGCGCUUACUGGACGCCACGCUGUACGUCACGCUGGAGCCCUGCCCCAUGUGCGCAGGCGCACUGCUGCAGGUGCGCCGCGCGGGGCUGUGCAGCGGCGUUGAGCAGCUGCAGGCAGCGCCUGCCGCCGCGGCAGCGGUGCAGCCCACCCGGCCGCACCCGUUUCACCCCAACAUGGUGGUGCGACGGGGCGUGCUGGCGGCAGAGUGCGGGGACCUCAUGAGGUCGUUCUUUGCGCGCCGCCGCAAGUAG